CAUUACAAUCUUUAUAAAUGGCGCCUAAAUUGUUUUGACUUCAAUUGUAAAUGAUGUUUAGUGUCGUUUAAGAUAUACAUUUUUCUGAUUAUUUAAUUAACGUGUCGUUAAUGCAACGUUUUUUUAACGAAUUUUUUGCAAGUGACGAAGUUAUAAAUAGAAGUGCCAAUCAAAGGUCGCUUCAGUCAGUGAUCAGCCGUUACGGGGAGAGAUCACGUUUGUUGAGACUUGUCGAUAAGGUUGAUAGUAGAACCGAUUACGUGAUGAUGGACCGUAGGAAGUUUUAUAAAAAAGUAAUAUCCGAAUUCUCUCAGGUACGGGCUAAACGUAAAUUAUCCUUCGAAGACGAAAUAGCAUCAAACCCUACACAGGAACAACAAUCUUCGGAAUUAACUUCAUUAUUGGAUAAUAAUCAACCCUUAACAAGCAUUGAAAAUAUGGGUGAUCAUGUUUCAUCUUCUAGAAUAUUUUAUAAAAAUCAUCAGUCAAUAAGUAAAUUAGGUAUGUAUUAUAUUUAAUAAUCAUUUAUUCACUUUAUAUAGAU